UGAGGGGCAGCGGCGAAAGCGAGGCUCGGCACAGGCGGGAGGCCUGACGCGCCUGCUGCGGAAUAAUUCCUGCAUUCAGCUGUUCACACUUUGCCACAUAGAAGUGGUGACUUUGUUUGGACCACAUCGUUUACUGGUAUUGGAAUUUUUGUCUCAUGGAGCCUGAUGUUGAGAGAUAGUUUGAAUAUUUUUAGAAGCAUUCAUGUUGUAUAUUUCAGAUCCAUCUUGCAAAUAUAUGUUGAAGAUUCUCAAGAUUUUUGUGUUGCAGCGCCUAUGACUGAUUUAACUCGUGUUGAUUACGAGAAAAUAUGUUAAUUACCUUUAAACCUGAGCAGUCAAGUAUUAAAGCAUCUACACAGGGAUCAUUUGAUUAUAUGGUCCAGAAUAAAUGAAUCAUAAUGAUGAAGAAACUAUGAAGAAAACCAGUGCAGUGAACCUUGAUAAACUUUUAGAUGACUUCUCAGAGAUAGAAAAGAAAAUAUCAGAAAUUAAUGAAGCAAAUAACCUACUGAUCCAUCAGCUGGAAAAAUGUAACAGAUUGCUAACAUUAAGCCAAUCAAAGGAGGAAUCAGUAAAAGAGGAAUGCAGUACUCUCCAGAAUGUGAUAAAGGGUCUAACACAAACCAUUGAAAACCAGUGUAACGUGAAAGAUGAAAAUGAUAGAUUGAAGGGAACCAUUCACAUCUUGGAAGAUAAAUUAAAGACUUGUGAACAGGAAUAUAAAGAUCAAAUUGAGAAACUCAUGAUAGAAAUUAAAAACAAAGAGGAAGACCACAAAUUAGAAAUAACACAGUUGAAUUGCGAUAUAAGGAAAAAAUUUGAAGUAAAAGAAAUGGAGUAUAGAGAACAGAGAGAGAAAAGAGAACUGGAAAUAUUAGAGCUAACUAGACAGCUGAAAAUUCAAAAUGAAGAGAAGCAGAAUGAAAUAAUUAAACUGCAGAUAGAGUUCAAUGCUAAAUUGGCACGAGCUCAGGAUAAAACCACCAAAUCCUUUUCAGAUGCUUCAGUCUUGCCACAAAGUAUCUAUCGAAGGAAGCUGCAGCAUCUCCAGGAAGAGAAAAACAAGGAAAUUGAAAUUCUCCGAAACACCAUAAGAGACUUGGAGCAACGUCUUAAUAAAGGCCAAGACCUGCCCUUCAAACGGAGGAGAUUCUGAGUAAAUGGCAUAAAGUAUUUCAGUGUUUUAAACUGCGCAUCUCAAAAUAAAAACAAGAGAUGAAGAAAGUAUAUUUUAUUGAAAACACUCUCGUCAAAUAUUCCAAAGACAUGCAUUCUGUGUAUAUUCAGAGCUACUCUCUUGCUAAUUGGCAUUCACAAUAAAAAGAUUCAGGUUUUGUAGGAGUAGUAAUUUUCCCAUUAAACCAUCAUUAAUUAUGGUGUAUGCUUUCAUAGCAGCUUUCUUUUCAUGAAUAUUCUCUUCUUCAUCCAGAAAUCCUUCAAACAACUGGAUUUACUUCCACUCGGUUAAUCGAACAUUAGAAAUGCUAGGCUAUAGACAGAGAAGUUAUACAAGUUUAAGUGGUAUAUUGCUUUACUAAUUGUUACAGAUUUAUCAAAUUCAGCACUGUUAUAAACAAAGAUCAACAUCAACCAAGAUUAAACUUGCUUCAUUCCACUCUCUUUUUGAUUCUGACUCUGAGUUGUUAACAAUACUUCUCACUUCAGGAUGAUCUUAUUGAUUUAGUAGGAUUUCACAGCCUGUAGCAGUAUGUAUUAAUGGACCCUCUUACUACAUCUAAGAGCCACAAAAUUUAAGCAUGUCAAUCUGUUACUUGAAAAUAAAGCAGUUACGGUCUGUAUAUUACAUUUUUGACAUGGAAUUAUCCUGUCACAUUGCUUAGGAGUAAGUUUUGCUUGUACAUGAUUUGUAUCCCCAGGUUAGAAAAAAACCUCAACUUUCAAAUAUAUUUUCUUCUUAAUAAAAAAUGAUUAAAAUAUCUGUCUUGGUUAUCUUCUGUUCUUGAUUGCAAAACAUCAGACAGGAGCCCCUAGGUCAUAGUUUAUGCUCCUGUCCUCACAAAUGCAAGCAGAAUGUUAGAAGAGAAACAAGACAGACAAAUUAAUCAAGAAUGCAGACACCUUUCAGUGGAGCUGAAAAACAAAUUAGGGGUCAACCAAAUUCCUUUAAAUCAUGAAGCUUUUCACUGAUGGAAUUUGACAGGUAUUCUAUCAUUCUAAGAGCCCUGCUCUAAAAAUACACCCCUUUGCAAUACUUUAACUUCCCAUACCUGUCAGUGUAAUUUUGAAUUUGGGGCAAUAAAAACACUUAAUCUGUUCAUUUUUCUGCUCUUGCAAGUAUGAACUGAAUUAGUGGGACUCCCUCGUUUCUGAAAGGUGCUUAGUUUGUUUUUCAGGAUCAGUUUCUCGCCUUUUCCUGUCACUGUCAGGUGUCACUAGUUUCACUUGCUCCUGCUGCUGGUGAAUGUCAGGCAGCAGAAAGCAAACGUCA